CCACAAUUAAUAUAAUUAUUUAUUUUUGAAUUACGGCGAAAAAUGGAAAAAAUAUGGUUUAAUAGAACGACAGAACAUUAUACCAUGGAAAUAUUAUCUGUAUAUGUAUUUAUGACGUACCUUUGAUAAGAAUAUCACUAAUAUAGUGAUAUAAUCAUGGCCCGUUGGCAUAAUAACGGGGAAUGGUAAUUGUAAAUUUGUAAAUUAGUUGUAAUUUGUAAUGUUAAAUAAAAAUAACUUGUGAGACUCGUAAGUAAAUGAAAUACAACUGAGUGCGAUAUUACGUCUGUGAUAGUGGUGGUACUAAAAAUUAAGUUAUGAGUUUUAUCUAUCUUAUGAGACUUAACUUGGAAGCGAAGUAAAUCGUUAGUAUUGAAGUAAAUUACUUAUCUUAAUAUUUUUUGUACGAUGGAUCUGUUUGUUUUACUCUCAAUAUUCUCCGCAUCUGUCAUUGUUGGGUUGUUUGGUUUUAUAUUUCGAUAUAAAUUUUUUCAAAGUGCACCUGAGCAUGUUGUACAAGAUGAUCCUGUGGUUAGACCUAGACCAGGAGUUCGCAUGCAAAAUCGUAACACAUUACGUCGAAACAAUCGGAAUGUAGUAGAACCUAGAAAUGAAAAUGCUGAAAUUGAUGACGCUACAGCCGACCCUAGUGUCAUAGUUGCUAUAGAUCCAAAACUAGGAGCUAAAAAACGAGCAAAAUUGGAAGCUAAAGCAGAGAAAAAAGCCAAACGAGAAGCAGAUUUACAGGAACGCGAAGAUCGUAAAAAAAAACAAGAUGCAGAAGAAUCAGAAAGGAAAGCUAAAGAAGAUCACGAAAAGAGACAAGAGCAAGAGCGAUUAGCAUUAGAAAAGAAAAUCGAAGAAGAAAAGGCUAAAAAAGAGCACCUAGAGUACAUACAAUUGAAAGAGACUUUUGGCAUAGAAGAAGAAGGCUAUGAAGAAACAUUAGAGGAUGAAGGAGCUACCUUAACUCAAUUCAUCGAACACAUUAAGGAAAAUAAAGUAAUUGUUUUAGAUGAGCUCGCUUUAAAGUUCAAAUUAAAAACUCAAAUUGUAAUAGAUAGGAUUCAAAGUUUAUUAGAAGAAGGCUCAUUAACUGGUGUAAUUGAUGAUAGAGGAAAGUUUAUAUAUAUAUCACAGUCUGAACUUAAUGCAGUUGCUUCAUUCAUCAUAAAACGUGGAAGAGUAUCAUUGACGGAAUUAGCAGAACACAGCAAUAAUUUGAUUGUUCUUGACAAACCUAUUUCUGCAUCAUAAAAUAUAUAGACAAAUGUAUCUUGGAUAAAAUAUAAGUCUUUAUUUGAAUUGUUAAUUAAAAAAUGUAAUUCAUUAUACAUUUGUGAUUUUUUUUGUAAAA